AUGGCGGUUCAGGUGUACGAGGCCCCGCGGAAUGGCCGCUGGUACGUCGCUCAGGACGCAAAGAAAACGCUUCGCAUCUCCGCCAGUCUGUACGCCCGGAACAACAGCCUUCAGAGGAAACACAACAACACUGUGCUGGAAUUUUGCGAGCCGGCGUUCCUCGCAGAGCCGCUGGACACGAUGCAAGUCCUGGACGUCGGCUGCGGAACCGGCGACUUCACGCGGGACGUCCUCUUGCCGCGUUGCCUGCCCUGCGCAAGGCUAAUCGGCAUCGACUGCUGCGUCGACAUGAUCGAGCAUGCGAGCCGACACUCGGUCCACGAGAAGAUCGAGUACGAGGUGCUCGAUAUAGGGGAAGACGUGAAUGAAUUUAUCGCUCGUCGCGGCCACUUCGACAGGGUUUACUCUUUCUACAGUCUUAACUGGCUGAGGGACCAGGGUGCCGCUCUGAAGAACAUAGCUGCACUGAUGGCGCCAGCUGCACAGUGCGUCCUCGUGUUUCCUGCUUCGUACCAACCUGCUACAGUGUGGAGCCUUCUCGCCCAGAUGGACCGCUGGGCAAAAUAUUCCGAGCCUCCUAAAGACCUACAUUAA